AUGAAUUCAGCUACGGUACAGAUUGUGGAGGAUGAACCGCUCUACCGGAGCCACGUCCUUAUGAACAAGUUCCGCGACAAAGAGUGCAGUGACUCCAAAAAGGUUGAUCGCAAGAUAAAAGAGAUCACAGAGAAGAUCCGCGGAGGAUCUCCACUGAAGCAAGCAGACGAUUGGAUCCGCAAGAAGUGGUACGACGGGCAAGACCCAGAUCGUUCCCACGAAGAAACCGCAACUACCUCUCCAUUCUCACUUUUUACUCGGCAGAAGGUCGAGAUUCCAGAUAAGACGACACAUGUUAAGCUAAAAUCAACCUUCGAACAACGCGAAAGCCCUAACGGUCAAAUGAAAGAACCCAGACGAAUCUUGAUUCGAGGAAGAGCGGGGUCGGGAAAACCACCUUAUGCAAGAAGAUCAUCCAUAAAUUCAAGCAAAAAGAUGACCUCCCUGAGUGGAAAAGGUUAG